GCUGAUCUGAAGCGUCUCUGCAAAAAAAUAUUCAAAAGCAGUUUCCAUCGACGAUACAAAACACGACCAAUCUCCACACGGUUCUGUAACGCUAUUUCUUAAUUUUUCUAACUUCCAAGAUACAAGUUGUAUCAGUUAAUUGCUGUGAGAUAUAAGGUGCAAUGGCGAGGAUAAAACCUCAGGCUCUUCUUAAUCAAAGCAAGAAGAAGAAGGGUCCUAGUCGUAUUAGUAUUUCUACAAUUGUCGUUUGUAAUCUUGUAGUUGCUGUAGUUGUACUUUCCUUGGUUACUACUUAUCGUCAUUGGUCCCAGAGGUCAAGAAACACACUUGAAACCCAGAGUCAUAAAUUUGAGGAUACAAAUGCUGUAUCACAACAAAAGAAUUACGAUCUUCCUGGUUAUGCUGAUAUAAGCACACCAAAAGGUCUUAUAACAGUGGAACUCUUUAAAGAUGCUUCCCCUGAAGCUGUCGACAAGUUUCUAGAUCUAUGUAAAAAUGAUCACUUUAAGGGAAUGCCGUUUCACCGGGUUAUAAAAAACUACUUGGUACAAGCUGGUCACUCUUCGAGUUCUAUACCUGUAGAAGAAUGGACAGCUAAAGCAAAGCUCCGUGGUCGCCUUGACAUAAGCCCAAAACAUGAGGCAUUCAUGUUGGGAACACCAAAAAACAAAGGGAACAACAAGGACUUCGAGCUUCUGAUCACAACAGCGCCAAUCCCGGAUCUGAAUGAUCAGCUUAUAGUGUUUGGAAGAGUUCUUAAGGGAGAGGAUGUAGUUCAGGAGAUUGAGGAAGUGGAUACAGAUGAGCAUUUCCAACCGAAGUCGCAGAUAGGGAUCAUUAGCAUUGUACUUAAACGAGAAUUAUGAAAUUAAAAUCUCUCUUCUUUAUUACCUCACGCCAAAUCUUCAUAACUCGCUGUUUGUCUAAAUCUUUUUUUUUAAUCUCAUUUUCCUGUUGUUUUGUAAUUUUAAUUGUUCCUUAUCGAGGAAAUAGCAUAUUUGUUUAAGUUAACAUAGUUGGCUGUUCCUGAAUGUAUGUAAAUCUUCAUAAGCAGAUCGUCUUCAAUACAACACCAAUAGAUUAUAACCA